UCAGUUGUCUAGACUAGACUCCUCAAGUCUCGAGUUGCAGCGGCAUAAACAUAAGUUGCUUGCAAGCAAAUUGAUAUUAGUUGUAGCUAGCUAGCUAGCUAUUGAAAUCUGGGGAUUUUCGUGUAACAUCUCCCAAGGGGAAGGUUAAUGAGUUACACUUUCAGUUUUAGGAAAAGCUACCAGAAGAUGUGAUGAGAAGCUGACCUCUACAAAGUUAACAUUAGCUCAUUAAUUUAUAACACCUGUCAUUGACUGGGUCAUCUCUCUUGAAAUUAAGUAUUAUCUUUACAACCAAAGUUAGCAUUUGGCAGCAUUACGUUAUUAUUUGUUGCUCUUAUACACCAUUAUGGCGGUGGCCAAUACUACUAAGACAUCAUGGAGAUUACAGGAGAUUGUGGCCCACUCUAGUAAUGUGUCGUCGGUGGCUCUGGGGAAGAGCUCGGGUCGUCUCCUGGCCACCGGAGGGGAAGACUGCAGAGUCAACAUCUGGGCCAUCAGCAAACCCAACUGCAUCAUGAGUCUGACUGGUCAUAACAACCCAGUCGAGUGUGUGCAGUUUAACAGCUCUGAGGAGCAGGUGGUGGCAGGCUCCCAGUCUGGAUCACUGCGUGUCUGGGACCUGGAAGCAGCCAAGAUUUUAAGGACCCUGAUAGGACACAAGGCCAAUAUCUGUAGCCUGGACUUCCAUCCAUAUGGAGAAUACCUGGCAUCUGGCUCAAUGGACACCAACAUCAAGCUCUGGGACAUUCGGAGAAAGGGAUGUGUCUUCAGGUACAAGGGCCACACUCAGGCAGUGAGGUGUUUGGCUUUCAGUCCAGAUGGGAAGUGGCUGGCCUCUGCUGGAGAUGACUGCACUAUCAAGCUCUGGGACUUGACUGCAGGCAAGAUGAUCACUGAAUUCAUGGCCCACACCGGAGCGGUCAACAUUGUCCAGUUCCACCCGAACGAGUACAUGUUGGCGUCUGGCAGCUCAGACAGGACUGUCAAAUUAUGGGACCUGGAGAAGUUUAAGAUGAUUGGUUCUUCAGAAGGAGAGACAGGAGCAGUCAGGUGUAUCUCGUUCGACCCGGAUGGCUGCUGCCUGUACAGUGGGGCGAUGGAUUCUCUGCGUGUGUAUGGCUGGGAGCCAGACCGCUGUUUUGACUUGGUGCCAGUGGGCUGGGGCCGUGUGGCAGACCUUGCAAUAUGCAACCACCAGUUGAUUGGCGUGUCCUUCCACAUGACCAAUGUGUCCUCCUACGUGGUUGACCUAACCCGGGUAAAGAAGUCCGGCUCUGUGAUCCAAGGUGUGAUCCAGGAUAAUCAGCCACUCACAGAGCCCUCGCCCAAAGGAUCCACUCUGCGCCGCAACUAUGAGAGACCUAUGACGACAUGUAACACACAGAGGGUGAAGCAGCAGAGCUCUGAGGCCCAGCGCCGCAGCCCUGAGGGCGAGAGACAGAGUCCCAGCAGUGAGGAUGAAAGAGAGGAGAAGGAGUCCUCUGCCGAGAUCCGUAAUGCUGAUGACUACAAGGAGAUCUUCCAACCAAAAAGUGCCAUCUCCCGCACCCCCCCUAUGAGGAGCGAGCCCUUUCCUGCUCCUUUUGAGGAUGAGAUCUUUGUGGUGAGGCCCAACGUGACCCUGGACACGGUGACCCCCACCGUUGACAUACAGCAGUCUGGCCAGUCGAAGCCCAUAGCCUCCUCGACUCCUGUCUUGAGGGUGGAGCCUACUGUUGUUUCCUCUGCUCCUCGGCCCAUACCGAUCCAGACGGCAAUGUCCUCCGUGACACGGCCCACCUCUUCCAACCCCCCCGCACCCCGCCCAGCCCCACCAGCAGCUGUCACCUUGGCUAAAGCCAAACCGCAGCCUAGUGUCAUCUUAUCGACCAGGAAUGAGCCAAUAGGACUCAACGUGGGAGAUUUUCUUCCUCAUGCUCGUAAUAACCGGCCCAGCGUGCUGGGGGAUGAUGAGGCGUUGUCCCAGAUCAGGAAGGGCCAUGACACCAUGUGUGUGAUGCUGACCAGCCGGCGCAAAAACCUGGACACAGUCAGGGCUGUGUGGGGCAGCGGCGACGUCAAGACGUCUCUGGACUCGGCCAUGUCUAUGAACGAUCUCUCCAUCGUGGUGGACAUCCUUAACAUAGUCAACCUCAAACCGUCGCUAUGGAAACUGGACCUGUGUAUGUCCAUCCUGCCCCAGAUUGAGGAGCUGUUACAGAGCAAGUAUGAAAGUUAUGUGCAGACGGGCUGUAUGUCUCUGAAGCUGAUCCUGAAGCGUUUCUGGCCCCUCAUCUCAGACACUCUCACAGCGCCCCCUUCUGUCGGAGUGGACAUCACACGAGAGGAACGACAUCAGAAGUGCAAGGCAUGUUACAAUCAGCUGAAGAAUCUUAGCAACAUGGUCAAAAACAAGGCUGACCAGGUGGGCCGCCACGGCAGCUCCUUCAAAGAGCUACAGUUGCUCAUGGCCCCUUUGGACUAUUGACAGACUGUGCAACUUAAAACACGUGUAGAUCCAAGAUGCCUGGUGACUGAUUCCAAAUGGCGGAGCAUUGUGAUGACUGCUGAAGCCAGGCUGGCCUGACUGAGUAUGUCUGCUUCCUGUGCGAAGUCAGUCACAGACUGUGACUGCAGCAGUGAACUGUGAAACAGGGCUGAGUGGGAGAUGAAUCUUAUGCAUAUGGCACCCAGAUGCUGCUGAAGGGUUUUUAUGUUAGCUCUGUAGCCAGCGUCAGUGUCACAACGACCCAGGACUCAACUCUAAACCCUAGGCACAUUACAUGCACUGUACAGUAUGUGCUUGUGUGAGGACAACAGCCAUCACAGGUCUGUUUGUGUUGUUUUGAGUGUGUGUACCUUUAUAUCUUUUUUAGUUGGUGUGUGAGAUGUGAUUCAUUCUCUUACCGUCACCUGCCCUUCACAUGUGUGAGUUUGCACACACACACACAACCCCUGGACCAUUGGGCAUGAGUGCUAUAGGGUGUCCAAGCAACACGGGCAGUCAUUUUACUGAUUUCUAUUUAAAUGCUUUUUCUACAGUCUGUAAUUUAUGUCAACAUAGAUGCACUGUAAGUAAUAACACUAAAUCAUGUUUUGCUAAUAAAAGGAACAAAAGACGUGGUGUAACUGGAUUGGAAGAUGACUAAUUGUAAUAUCCAUCCUCCAGCAGCAGGGGGCAGCAAGCAGACAAGACACAUGAAUGGUAGUCUCAGUUCAGUGCUGGAGAGUACUUAGUUUAAAAAAAGUGGCCAGACAGAAUUUAUAAAGCUCUGCUGAUGGUGACACUUUUUCUGAAAUCACUUGUUAAUCAUUAAGGGGCAGUAUAUGUUUAUUAAUCCAGAG